AUGUCACAUCCAGUAACACCACAGCUGGGAGUAGAAACACAAAAACCACCCGAGUAUGACAACCUAGUAAAGUUGAUUAAUCUAUCCCUCUCAGAACCAGGUAAUAGUCCCACCCACGAAACAGCCAUAAAACAAACUAUUGAAUAUUUGAGAAAAUACAAGAAUGAUCCACAUUGGUUUUGUCGCCCAUACAUGUACCCAAUAGCAUGUUAUUCUUUAAUUUUGUUUUCAUUCCCGAACAAUCCUGUUCUUGAAGAGUUGAAGGUAUACAUAGGGAAAUCUUUGCUGACGUGCCCCUACUGCCUUAGGGCUUUUGCGAUAGCAAAAACUCACUUGAGAAAUGGUUUCAUCACAAUGAAAAAGACACCUAUUGUUAAUGUGAACCAGUUUCUAAAAGCAAUCACCACUUGGGAAGCUACGUUGGUGCAGCCAUGUUUAAAUCUAGUUUACAAUAGUCUCGAGACUAUAGAAAAAGUGCAAAAGCAACUUGAUCAUUGUCGAGAUUGGUUUAUGAGUAACCCUGAUCUUUUAAGAUACUACAAAGACAACAAAGAGAAAUUUGCACAUAUAGUAAAGGUUUUAUGUGCCAGUGGAAAAUUGCCGUCCCCUGGCACUCUAUUUGCAGGUCUUGUAUAUCUACUUUUUGAAGGAUCUGGUGAAGAAAAACUUUGGGCAUGCCAGUGGAUGGAGGAAAUGAGACAACAGAAGAUCAGAUACAACAAGCUGUCGUUAGAGGAGCCUUUGGUUGUGGAGUUUUCAAUUCACCUUUAUCGAAUACAGGAUGCCAAAUAUUUCAAUGAUGGGACAGCUAUCAAGUUUUGGGAGAUAUUCUACAAAAUUUUUGAUUUCAUGGAUGAUGAGGCUUUCAUUCUUAGAUUUAAUACCCCUAAAGAUAUUGGAGCUAUGAGUCAGUAUAUGAAUUUGAAAUUGAGUUCCAUAAUUAACGUGCUUUGUAAUAGUUUAAUGUCCAAUCUAGCCGCACCUUUACCAAUUUUAUUGAAAGUGUUCACUAAGUUAUUGAGCAGGUUUGGAAGUAAGCUUUAUCGGCAUACUGCACCAUUCCCACCUGCCACAUUGUUAACUGGUAUACUUGGAAACCCAGAAUUUUCAAAACAGUUAAUCUUAUCCGCCUCAGAAAAAAGUUCGAUGAAUGAUUAUUCAUUCCAGGAUUUUACAGAUUGGAUUUUUUUGUUCAUCAACUCGUUAAGUGGCUCACAAAAGCAAAAUGCAUCGAUGAAAAUAGGUGCUUAUUUAUUGAGACAGGGGAACGGUUAUGCAAGUUCGACUAAUGAUUUGAGGUCACAAAGAGUUAAUACUUUGAAAGAAUUCGGUGUAAAGAUAUUUGCAGGUCUAUUUCCCUCUACUGUAAUUGACAUGAACCCAAAGGAUCCUAAGUUGUCUGUCGAAAUCAUGAGUUUUAGAGAUGUAAGGGCUGCCCUUGAAUAUGAAGCCAACACCAUUCUUAGUUGUGCGAUGAAUUCACCUCAAAAUGUUGACGCUAUGGACUUAGUUCGGAGAUGCUUGAUAUAUGAUGUCUUAAUUUUGGUAAAGAAUUCAUAUUUGUUGCUGAAAGGUGAAAUACCAAAUAUGUUUGACACCUUCCCCAUCUUUUGGAGCUCCAUUUUGAAACUGAAACUAUACAGCAAUGUUAGUCUUGUGAAAGUGAUAAUACAGUGUUUGCGUCUAAUGCCUAUGGCAAUCAAGUUUAACGAGAUCAAAUAUAACCAGGCAAACAAGGACUUGGAAAGUGCCAAGACACAGCAUAAUAAGAGUAUGAACACCAUAUGCGACUUACAAAAUCAGAUUUUUUCAAGUUUCAGUCUUUGUGAUCCAGAAAAUAUUAAGCAAAUUAUCAACGAUUUUGAUUGUGCUGAGUCUGUAUGGGGCUGUAUUUUCACCCCUUUGAUUAGUCAAGCUGCUUUGGAUUUUAUGAAUGAAGUGUACAAUGCCAGUGGUAGAUUAGAAACUUUCCAGGAAUGUUUCUCGAAUAAUUUGAAACUGUCUUUAGUGUCUAUCAACAUCAAUUUGGCUAAUUUGACCAGUUUGGCAUGCUACGAACCAACUCCCAAGGCUAUUAGAAUUAUAAUGGAUAUAAUCAAGGCUUUAGCAGAUCCAGUUGACUCUCUGUUAUCAACCUCAGCUGCCAAUUGUGAAGGCGAGGUUGUCUUGUUUUGGAAAAACUGUUGGACAUUUUUAAUUAUGGUGUUUAAGGAGACUUUUGUGUGGGCAAACCAGUUUCACCUUGAUGAGUUGCUUGAGUUUGCAAGAGAUACUCUAGACUUGAGUCAUUUGCUUUUAGAUUCCUUUAGGUUUAUCGUAGAUACACUCAAGGAACAGACUAACAAGGAUAUGCUGUAUGAAUUUUUUGGGAGCUUUAUGAAUGCUUUCCAACAUAUAAUUGUUUGGUUGAAACUCGGGGAUCUUUCUCUUUUAAACUCCUGUGUUGAAUUAGUCAUCAAAGGUUUUGAUUUGGCAUCUGAAGAAGAUUUUAAAGUUCAAGAUCAGAUUGUUGAACAGCUAUGGAAAUAUUCCAAAAAGGUUAAAGGCCACAACAAUAAGUUGUCAGAGUCUCAAAGAAUGAUGUUGAUGACAAAAGCCAGAGAAUUGAAUGAAGCCUUAGUUGAAACAAUGGAGCGUGAAGAGAGCGAACAAAAGUAUGCUCGGGCUGGAGCUAAAGCUGAACCGAAAUUGAGACCAGCAGACGAUGAAAUUCAAGAACUCCGACCAGAGGAGUUUGCAAAGAAGAUUAACAAAAAGCAACAGACUUUGGAAGGGUUUGUUUCUUUCACAAAUAAAGCACCCGUUGCUCCAGCUCCAAAAGAGGUAAAGGGAACCCAAAACCUAGAUCUGAUUCGUCAAAAGUUACAACAAUCAAGAUCCUCAAUUACGGGACCACCAAAAAGUCACCUCAACCCUGCACCACCUAGACCAGCUGGUUUUAAUUCGAAGAAAUCACCACCUCCGGCUCCCUCAGUUGCUAUUGGAAGGCCAUUGCAUGCAGUGAAAAAGAAAACAACCGACUCGGAGUCGUCUUCUGAAGACGAAUCGGAUACUGAUUUGACUGACUUGUUUGUUGAAGGUAAAGCCAAAAAAAUUGCGAAAAUCACUGAAGUGGAUAUGAACUUGAAAACUAUUGAUAGGAGUAAUCUUCAAAAAAGAAGAAAGCAAAUAGACGAAGCCAAAAUGGCCAAAGAAAGAAUGCGGUUGAGAUUGAAUGUGAAUUUGAAACCUUUGUAUUUGACUGUACUUAGAUGGAAUUACAAUUCGAAAAGUGAUUUUCCUAGCAAGGAUAAAUCCAUAUACCAAGAAAUCAAGGAUACAUACAAGGAUGUUAAAGAUUAUGUGCAGGUGACCGAGCCUUUGCUAAUGUUGGAAUGUUGGCAAGCAAUGCAGUCAGCAAAAUUGACUGUAGACGAGAAACCUUUUGAGUUAUUGAUUGGAAGCAGAACACUGGUAGAUGGAUUCUUUGAUGUUUUUGCGUCUAUGGAAAAAACAGUAUUGCAAGAUAGGAAGAUAGGGGAUUCUGAUUUGGUUGUGCUUGCAUUGAAAGACGAAUCACUUCAACAUGCAUCAGAUAUAAGACGUUACAUCAAAGCAGAUGGCACCAUGACUUGUUUGGCAAAAGUCCAAGAUACCAAAUACACCAACUCAGAUUAUUGUGACGUUGUGUUAAGAGUUUACCCCAGUGGGCCCAUGAUGGGAGCGUUGACACCAAAGUCUGUUGUCACUGGGAUGAAAGUUAUGCAGAUGGUCACAAUUGAAAGAGAGUUUUCUUCUUUGAAAGGGUUGCAAUAUUACGAUUUGGCUGAUUCCAUCAUUCUGGCAACUCCAAACAAGCCUAUUGAGAUCGAAGAGGAAGAUGCUAAAAAGAUGCGUAAGAUUUACCAUGUAAAUGAUUCACAAGCUCGUGCAAUUAUGGGCACUUUCAAAAGUGAAGGGUUUUCGUUGAUUCAAGGUCCACCUGGUACAGGUAAAACGAAAACUAUUUUGGGGAUUGUUGGGUACUCGUUGUCUCAAGAGAAAAACAAUAAAGUGAUUGAUAUAUCUGGAUCGGGUUCUAGUCCCACUCCAUCAGACAAAGCCAAAAUUUUGAUUUGUGCACCAAGUAAUGCUGCCGUCGAUGAAUUAGUAUUAAGAUUAAGAGACGGUGUUAGAAACUCUUCAGGGGAACAUAUGCCACUUAAGGUAGUACGUUUAGGAAGAAGUGAUGCGAUCAAUUCAUCAGUAAGAGAUUUGACCUUGGAAGAAUUGGUCGACAAAGAGUUACAGACAAAACAAACUGAAGUAGUCAUUGAUCCAAAUAUUCGUUUAGAACACACCAAAUGUAUUAAUGAAAGAGAUGAAUUGCGGAAAAGACUCGCGACCGAAAGUUUAGAAGAAAAAGAAAUCACUGAAUUGGAAGAAAAAAUUCGUGCUAUUAAUAAGAAGAGAAGUGAAUUAGCAAAAAAAUUAGACGAGCAAAGAGAAAAAGCUUCUAUAGCCAAUAGAACCAAAGAAAUCAAUAGAAGAAACAUACAAGCCAGAAUUCUUUCAGAAGCACAAGUUCUAUGUUCGACUUUGUCAGGAUCAGCACAUGAUUUGGUCGCUAAUCUUUCUGUGCAAUUUGACCAAGUAAUUAUUGAUGAGGCCUGUCAGUGUUUGGAAUUGUCGGCUAUUAUUCCUCUUAGAUAUGGUUGCAAAAAGUGUAUUAUGGUGGGGGAUCCAAACCAAUUGCCACCAACAGUGUUAUCACAAGCUGCAGCUUCCUAUAAUUACGAACAAAGUUUGUUUGUAAGAAUGCAAAAGAACCACCCAGACUCGGUUUAUAUGUUGGAUGUGCAAUACAGAAUGCAUCCCAUGAUUUCAAAAUUCCCAAGUUCUGAGUUUUAUAAUUCCAAGUUAAAAGACGGCGAUGGUAUGCUUGAAUUGAACACAAGGCCAUGGCAUAAGGAUCCGCCAUUAACACCGUACAGGUUUUUUGAUAUUUUGGGUAAACACGAGAAAAAUGAAUUGACGAGAUCUCUUUUCAACACAGACGAAGCAAUAGUUGCCUUGCAAUUGACUGAUAAAUUGAUGCAAUUACUACCACAAGACAAAUUUAGUGGGAAAAUAGGGAUUAUUUCACCAUAUAAAGAACAAAUUCGAAAAAUCAAAGAAGUCUUUGUUAGAAAAUACGGGAAACCAAUUUUGGACGAAAUCGAUUUCAAUACAGUUGAUGGAUUUCAAGGUCAAGAAAAAGAGAUUAUAAUUAUGUCUUGUGUUAGAGCCAGUGCAACGGGAAAUGUUGGGUUUUUGAGUGAUGUGCGUCGUAUGAAUGUGGCUCUUACUCGUGCAAAAACUACUCUCUGGAUAUUAGGUAACAAAGAUUCUUUAUCUAGAAAUGAAGUGUGGAAAAAGUUAUUAACUGAUGCUGGUGAAAGAAAUUGUAUUACGCAAGCUUAUCCUGGAUUUUUAAAUCCCUCUAACCCUAACUCAGGAUUGAAGAGAAAGGAAGAAAAUGUGUUUACCCCACAACAAACAAAAUUUGCCAAAAAGCAGAAGGUGUCGAAUGAAUCUGAAAGAAAUGUACACAAGAUAAGAAAUAAUUUGACCAAGCCAACCUAUCGUCCCACUAACGCUGGAGUUUUACCAAGUAAAUCGAAGUCAUCGAAUGGAAAUAACAAACCCGAUUAUCUGGCAAACAAUUUGCAACUGUCUGCUAAACAAAGUAACAAGGAUACCAAGUCAAACACAACCGACGAUGCUCCAAAACCAUAUAUAAACCAACCAAAACCUCAAGGCGAUCCUAAAAAUGGCCCCACUCGUUCUGGUACAAUUUCAAAGCCAUCAACAACUUCAACACCAGCACCAACAUCUUCGGGAACAGUUAAGCCCAAUAAACCUGUUGAUGCUGGAAAAAGUGCACCUAAAGAUUCUACUACUCCUCAAAACAAAUCUGUUAACUCCUCUGCCCCCUCAGUUAAAUCAACAGAUGCAGCAAAGAAGCCAACAAAGACAGUCGCCCCUUCAUCUUCAGGUGUGGUCAAACCGCCAUCUAAUUUGUUUAUACCAAGAAAGCGCCCAUUUGCAAAGAAAUAA